UUUCAGGAUGCCAAUCUUCCACUUGCAAACAAAUGUGAAGAAUGUCCCUCAGAAUUUCAUGUCUAAAAUUUCUAAAGAAAUCGCAACUUUAACGCAUAAGCCGGAAUCUAAAGUAAUGGUGAUCGUGAACGAUGGUGUUAAAAUGUGUUUUGGUGGCUCAGAUGCUCCUGCGGCCCUGAUCCAGUUUCAUUCUAUCGGCAUGCAGAUACAUGAUCACGCCAACGUUUCGGAAAUAUUCGCUAACCUCCUUAAAGAUAUAGGAGUAUCUUAUGAUCGUCACUAUAUCCAGUUUAAUGCACCCCAACCUACACACGUCGGCAAACUCGGCACAACUGUCGCUGAACUUAACAAACCCAAAGAGGAUAUUCUACACUUUUAGUCAAUUGUUUACUUUUGACUAAUUACACUAAUUAAUAGUUGAGUUGUUCUUUUCAUUCAGAUUCAUCUACUUCUGAUCAGGCUAUCUUUUAAUUUAUCUUACAUGUUUGGGUCUGGCAGACUGUACAGUUCGUGUUUUUAACAUUUUCUUGUGUUUUUGUUGUUCUUUCCAGUGAUCACAUGAAUUUUAAAUAUUUGUUCAGAUUUCAGAUCCGGUGUGGACGCCAUAUUUUAUAAUUUUAAUCGCUCUAUGCAUUGAUUAUACUUGGAAUAAUACAAUGCUGAAGUUUAUUAAUUGUACUAUGUACAAUGUAUUCAAUUUGCGAGCGAUCAUUUAUAUAUGACAGUUUUUAUUGCUUUGAUCAUGUUUAUAUUAUUGUCUAUAUUUUUAAAAGAUACAAUAGAAACAAAUUCUUGAAAAAGAUUUUCGUUUUUGGAUAAUUCUAAUUGAAAUUGAUUGAUUUUCCCUGUACUUAGCUGACUUUAAUUAAAAUUUAUUUGAUGAUUUACUCACCCAACAUUUAGUGAUCAAGUUACUGACAGUAUGGGUAAAAUGAAGAAAACCAAGAAGUUCGGGGCAGUGAAACGCAUGAUACAAGCCUCAGACCCACGGCUCAACAAAGGGAAAGUAACUGAAGAGAAAGCGAAACCAGAAACUGAAGUUCGUCACGUGGACAAGCCCUCAAGCGCUCUCUUUUUCAGAUAUAACACCCAACUGGGACCCCCUUAUCACGUGCUCAUAGAUACGAACUUUAUCAACUUCAGCAUCAGGAACAAGCUUGAUAUUUGCAGUAGUAUGUUGGACACAUUAUACGCUAAGUGUACACCUUAUAUUACGGAUUGUGUUAUGGCGGAAUUGGAGAAACUUGGGGCUAAGUACAGAGUGGCUCUAAGAGUUGCUAAAGACCCCCGUAUAGAACGACUUAUUUGUACCCACAAAGGCACGUACGCUGAUGACUGUCUUGUUCAAAGGGUUCAAGAGCACAAAUGUUACAUCGUGGCUACUAACGAUAAAGACUUACGACGCAGGAUUCGCAAAAUACCGGGUGUCCCCAUCAUGUAUGUCCAGCAGAAACGUUAUAGUAUCGAGAGAAUGCCAGACGCUUUUGGGGCUCCACGGACUUGAAUGUUGGGAAAUAUGUUUUGAUUCUUUUAUUUAUGGGUCACUUAUCUUAAUUUAUUUUUAUUAGCCGGGAACAAGAACCUGACCUGAUCGAAAACUAAAGUUGUGAAGUUUCUAUUGCUUGUUUUUAACUUAGUUUGUUGUGAAAAGCUGUCUGGUAUUUUGCCACGAGUCGAUCGUCGCGUGCGCGGCGCGCAUGACAUAGAUAAGUUUACUGGUAGCUGGUUUGUUGUUCUGCACUGGGUCCCCAGUUUUUUCUAUUUCAGCCGAAGCACAUUUACCAGAAUAAGAGGGUUCCUGACAGUUUAUUCAGAUCAUUUCAACUGUACUUUUGUUUCUGAAUUACUGUUUUUAUAUUCAUCACUGA